UGUCCAGCGCCCAGCAAAGGGCACAACACAACACUUGGCCGCUGUGUUGACACGCUCUGCACCUUGCUCCUGCCCUCGCCUUUCACUCUUCUUAUCCCCCUGAUAGCCUGAUCACUCCUGACACCGCCUGAGUGCCUGGAUUUCCUCAUCCAGCCCUGCAGCAUGCUCCCCUUUGUUCUGAGGAAGGCUGUCCCAGACAGAGAGGAGGAGAUGGAGGUGGAUACAGAGAUUGAUAUGGAGGAGGAGAUGGAGGUGGAUACAAAGAUUGAUAUGGAGGAGGACAUGGAAAUAGACGGGGAAGACCCUGGAGAGGAAGAGAUGGAUGUGUAUGUGGAUGAGGAAGAAGAGAUGGAUUUGGAUAUGGAAGAGUCCAUUAUGGACAUGGAUAUUGAUUAAAAAGGUGCGAUGGACAGCACAGACAGAGACACCACCCUUUUGUAUAUAUGUUCUACAGUUUGUUGUUGUUCUUUAGAAUGUAGAUUGUAGGGCUAUUUUUGACUUCUGUAAAUACAUAGUUUUGUUAGGUAGGUUUUGUUAGGUAGGUUUUUCUGUAUAUAUGUUCUAUUGAUCGUUUUUGUUACAAAUAUUCUUACAAUGUAAAUGUAUUCUGCAUUUUUCCUGCUGUUCUUCUGUAAUAAAAAAAUUUUACUUUUCACA